AUGGCACAGCUCUCCUCGCACGGUCGCGGUGGCGCUGGCAACAUUGUGGACAGCUCCAAGUCGCCCAAGCUGCAGCCCAAGGAUCUGGAAACGCCUAUGCUCAAGACGUCCAUCGUGACGACCGGCCGCGGAGGCACGGGCAAUAUGGCCCGCAACACGGACCCCAAGGAGACGCGCGCGCGCCAGGACGUGGAGCCUGUGACUCGUCGUCCCAGCAUUGGAGCUGCACAUGUCGGCCGUGGCGGCACCGGCAACGUCUUCAAGGCCGAGGAGGUGGCGGCAGCAGAAGACGGAUCGGCCAUUGCUGACGACAAGUCGUCGACGCACUCGGACGAGAGGAAGAAGCAGCAUCAGCACAGCCAUAGCCACAGCAACAACGGCCUCGCGGCCAAGGGCAAGGACUGGCUGCUGGGAAAGCGGGCGUGA